UAGGACAUUACAGGCCGAUCAUCUGAUUGUCCAAAAGUAAGAUGAUCCGCGCUUCGGAAGGCUCGAAAUCCCGGUUACUACUUAUUGAUGUAAGUACGUAGUCGUUAUAUGAGUCAUGUCAAGGGCCUAUGGCGGCUCAAUAAUAACCCUGACACCAGGGUUGCUGGGGUUGGUAAUCCACCUCACAACCCACACGAUAGAAGAAGAUUAGAAUCCAUUAAAAAUACCGAAAUUGACUAACACGUAAACACUAAGCCAAUAAAAGCUAGAUGUAAAAAAAGUCCAGAAAAAAGGCCACCAACAGUAGAAGUUCCGCAAAUUAUUUUAUAGCGAACAAUUUGUUCCCCCGACACAAUGUUUCGGGAAAGUUUUUUAUAUUACACAAGUUGGAGAUCUCAUUAUUCUGGACGCGUCGUCAGUGCGUCGUUUUGUAGCUGUACAAUAUACAUUGGAGGCGUUGUGGUUGUAGUGUCCAUCAUAGUCAUCAUCAUUGUAGUAGCAUGCGCACGUUCUAGAAAUCUCCAUUGUGAUCCAGAAUACAUGCAGAAAGCGGCCUUGAAAUUAGCAGAAGCAAUUACGAGCAAAGAUAGAGCUGCGUACGACGAAUCCUGCGCCGGUAUUAUGGCACGGUUAGAAAAUUGUCUGGAGCUGGUAGCCGAACCUUACAAGAGUGAACUCAGAGCCCAAAUGACACUCUCAUGCAGAUCCAAUUUGGCAGCAACCUAUUUUGCUUGAGUCUGUCAAAGGAGUGCAUUAAUAGCGUUCUGUUUACCAAUUAUUUGAUAUUUGUGGUGAUACAUUAUAGUCUAAAAUAUA